AUGGAUAAUGUGGUGGAUGUUGACGAGGAAAGAAGUCAGCAAAAGCUCUCCGUGAAUUCUACUCCAUAUCAAACUCAAGAAUGUGUUCUCUACGGGUCAAUUUAUAUUAAAAAUGUGCCGGAUCUGGAACGUCGUCUAGCCGGUUUGUGUGAUCCUGGAUGCGAGGAAUUCUUCGAGCACGAGAUGUCAUUCAGUCUUCGAACUGCUAGUACUUAUGAUUUGAAAACUGAUAUCAAAUUACGCAGAAGGUUUCGAAGCGAUAAUCAAGUUCAAAACUACUGGCAGUUGAAAUAUAUUGGAGUACCCGAACCGGACCAAAAGUGUCCAACAAUCGUUCGAAAAGAGAUCAGUUCUCUCGUUCAUUCCAAUGAUAUGAUGACUUAUGCGAAAUCGUUGGGACUCCGAAUGGAUUACGAGUAUAUAACACAGGGAAAGCUGUGGACGAAGGGAAAUAUCAAAAUUCUUCACGCAACACUCACAAAAACACUCAAAGCGGGAACUUAUGACUCCUCAUCGAUAAAGUCGAUGUCUGAUUCGGCUCUCGUCGAGAUUAGUAUAUCGUUGCCAGAGUCUGCAGAGUAUAUGACGGCAGCAAAAUCGCUCCGUGACUUCGCCGAUCAACUGAUGCCACUGGUUCAUAUGGAAAAAGUCGACUACUGGAAGAAAAUGUUCUCAACUCCAACUGCACCGGCUGCUAGACGAUGA